GAACCGCUCCGGGCCGUACGCGCGCCUCGCCUGCCCCGACAAGAUGUUGGUGCUCCUCGCCUUUAUCAUCAUCUUCCACAUCUCCUCCGCCGCCCUGCUCUUCGUGGCUACCAUCGACAGUGCCUGGUGGGUGGGAGACCAGUUCUACGCAGACAUCUGGAGAAUCUGCAUCAACGACUCAAACUGCACAGAGAUCAAUGACACCUAUUCUGACUACACCACCCUGCAGGCCAUCCAGGCCUCCAUGAUCCUGUCCACGGUCCUCUGCUGCAUCGCCUUCCUCAUCUUCCUGAUGCAGCUCUUCCGGCUCAAGCAAGGAGAUCGGUUUGUCCUGACCUCCGUCAUCCAGCUCAUGUCUUGCCUAUGUGUCAUGAUUGCGGCUUCCAUUUACACGGACCGGCGCCAGGACCUGCACGAGAAGAACUUCUUUUUUUACCCCGAGCAGUCGUCCUCCGAGGGCAGAUACGGCUACGCCUUCAUCCUGGCGUGGGUGGCCUUUGCUUUCACCUUGGUCAGCGGCAUCAUGUAUCUAAUACUGAGGAAGCGCAAAUAGAAACCCGCACGACCCUCUCCCUGCCUUGCAAAACCCACAUGCAGAUAACCCGUGUGUAUAUAACCUCCCCCCGCCCCCACCCCACGGCUUUUCUAGCAAACAGAUGGUUUCCUUUAAAAGCCAAGAAAAGA